GUGGAAGGUCAUAUUAAUUCCCUCCCGGUUAGUUCAUCUGCAAAUGGCCACCUCUCCGCCCCAUUUUACGUGUCUCCGGAUGCCCUGCUAAGUCAUUGCUCUAAUCAACCUCUUUCCGGCAAAACUCGUAGCUCCCUUGGUCAACAAUGUGGUCGCAUCAGUCGCUUGUUUGGGUGUCUCCUGCCUCAGCCCAGACAGUUGAGCAAAUGUGAUAAGCACCAUCAGGGAAACAAACGACUAAGGGGGCAACGGUGUUCUCGGAGUCAGACUUCCGAACGCAAGAUAACCUCUUGUAGAAUCCGACCUGUAUCAUUUCACCUCGAUAUUCCCUACUCAUCUCCAAAAUUAAAUAGGGAUGCAUUACCGAUUACAAUAGAUAACAUUGGGGAAUCGACUUGUCUACAACAACAACAUAACUUCCACCCGUUGCUCUCAGCCAACCAACUGGUCUCAAGCAGAGGGUUAAAUCUACCUCCUGUUUUGUCUGGCUCAUCGAUCACCUCUAACUCGGCAACCACCGUCGUCGGUCUUCCGACUGGCUUAUCAAUGCUUUUAUCUGGAUUAUCUCAAGCAGGAGCUUGCCAAAAUUUAGCCAAUCUUGCUUUGCCAUCAUCACCUGAUUGCGAAUAUCCUGGGCACUCGGCAACCUUCCUUGCCGGCUCUCACCGCCCUCUUGUGGCUGGUGGCAAGGUACCUGAUCUAGCUGCAUUGAGAACCACCUUGUCACAGCAGCUUUCCUCAACCCUGCGAAAGAAUGGUUCAUCUAGCUUGCGAAACUCGCCAAGAAACCAGGCCAACCACUAUUUAUGCAACAUUGCUUAUGGAGAUGUGCUUGGUCCAGUUUUUGGUGCGAUAGAGACCCGGGAGUGCAGUAGCAUGAAGCAUGGUACACGUUUCUUCAGCCCGCACGAAUCUGGCUGA